GUCAUUGAUUUCAUCUCAAGUUCUCACAAUACAAUUGUUUCCCACAACUGCCUCCAUGAUUUUACCUUCAUUCAUGAGAAGUUUCUCGGUCCGUUACCUGAAACGAUGUCAGAAUUCUUGUGCUGGUUGAAAUUGUUAUUCUCCGAUGUAAUUGAUCUUAAUUAUUUGUUGAAGGAGUUUGGACCUUUAAAGAAAGAAAAAAAUAUCCCUAGUGCCCUGAGUUAUUUAAAAAGGCAGUAUUUUGUACCAAUAGAACUUGAAGUUCCUAAGCAAGCUGAAGAUGGGAACAAGAGCCAUGGAAACAAUACUGAAUAUGUUGUUAAGAACGCUCCUUCAAGCCGAUCUGCACUCGAGCCCACCAGAUCAAUUGAAGAUCAUACAAACAUUUUCAAUCCAGCAACCCUAACACUUCAUGAACCUGGUGAUCAUGGUAAGACUGGUUGGCGAAUUGGUACUAACAGGAGAGUAAGCACAGAUAACAUACUCUUCCUAUGGGGCUUUGGUGGUGCAACUUCUGCUGUGGAGCUAAAACAUCGUCUCUUGCAAAUUCAUCCAAUUUUUGCAGAAGAUUUUGAUGUUCACUUUGUCGAUAAGACCUGCGCUGUUGUUGUUUUUGAGAAGUUAGGUUCUGCUGAGACAUUACUUAAAGACAUGGGUUUAGUUGACAAUGUUUUUGGUGUUUUAAGAGACGUUGUUGUGGAAGGGUUGAGGGGCUGCAGGAUAUGAUGGCUACAAGAAAGUUUGCAGGUUGGGCCUUAAGGGAGAUUUAGUUGAUUCAUUGGAAAUUGCAUUAGUUGAGGCAUCAGAAACAUGUACACAUCUAAAUAAGCUUAUGGACAUUCCUAGAGGAUUGCUCAUGAUUUUUACACCAACCUCACUCCCGAUAGCACUAACGACUACCAUCUCGAUAGAGUUGAGCUCUUCUGAUGCAAGGAGAGUAUGAUAUGGAACAUCUUAGUUAUAAUAGAGCUUAGGUCUAGUAUAUCUUUAAUUUCUAGAAUAUUCUAUUUGCUUUAUAAAUAGCUAAGCUUAGAUGUAAGGGAAGGAAAAAAUAUUAUAUCCUUUUAAACCUUGAGCUUUUUUUUUGUUCUCCGAUUUUGUGUGUUCCUUCUAGCAUAUCAUUUCUUCCAUCGAUCCUACUAUAUCAAUUUCAUUGGGCAAACAUUAAGCUUCACAACUUUAAAAUGAGUACAUUUACAUGCUUUUGCAUAGAAAAACUAAAAUAGACACACGAAAAAUGUUGCAAUGCUAUUAUUGUUCAUAUUGCCAUAAAUAAGAGAUUUGAGGAUGCCAGAAAGUGGGUUGGGGAGAUAAAAGAGACCGAACAGAGAAGUAUAGGCUUACCUCAUUUCUUCAUUCAUGCUCCUAUAGAGACCAUUUAUAGAAAAUACAAAAUUCCUAAACACUCCAACUACCCAUUAAACCCCAAAUGCCAAUUACUCACAAAUGAACUACAAUGACUGCAAAGAACAACUAAUUUAUUCAUAAUCUACUCAUGACAUUUAUCAACACUAACAAAAAAUCACCAUUUAGCAUGCAUAACAUGCAGAAAUUCAAUCAAAGCAUUUAGAAGAACACUUUCCAACUACAGGA